AUGGUUAACAACAAUGGAGCGAAAGCUGAAUUAUAUUUUAAGGAUAUAUUUCCUAAAUGUAAGGAUUAUUAUAAUAGUAUUUUACACCUAGGGAUUAGUAAAUACAUAGAGGAUAAAGUACAUAAGGCUUGCAAUGAUUUUAAUAGUACUUUUCAACCUAAUCAUGAUGUAUGGUAUAGUUUUUAUCAACCUUGCAUAAAACUUGGUCUUUAUUUACAUGAAGUAAAAAAUAAAAAUAUAUAUGAUAGAAUACCAUAUUGUAAUUUUUUUAUCUACGAGUUGAAACGUGAAGUAAAGAAUAAAAGUCCUAAAAUUGAAAAGUUUGAUGAUGUUUACGAAGAACUGUUAAAAUUAUACAAUAAAGAUGACGUAAUAAUACCUAAUGUAUGUAAAGAAUAUGUAUCAUUAAUGAACGAUCCUGUAUAUAAAAUAUUCAAAAUGUUUGAUGAAUUAUAUGGUCAUUUUAAAGAUUUAAAUAAAGAGAAAUAUGAUAAAUUCUCUCACGUUAAAUUAUGUGCAGAAAAAUAUCAGGAAUUUUUAGAACAAGAUAAUAAAAAGUAUAACAAUAGUUUUCAUGAAGAACUUGAUAAAUUUAAAGAAAAAUUUCAUAAAUUUUUGGCAACAGAACCUAAGUACAAAGAUAAUAAUGAAUUAUUGAAUUAUUUCUUGAUGACACCUCCAAAAAAGGAAAUUAAAGCAGAAACAUUAUUGGGAGAUACUAAAACUACUGUGAAGUGGACAAGCACGGGUGUUUUGUUUUUUGCAAUAUUAAUAAUUAUAUUUAUUUUGUAUAAUUAUAGUGCUUAUGGUUCAUACUUACGACUAAAGAAAAGAAAGAUAAAAAAUCUGCGGAAUAGAAAAAAUAAAAAACAUUACGAAUUAAUGAAUUUAUUUGAAGGGUCACAAAAAAAUAUAAUACAAAAUAAACAUAAUAUAUUAUAUAACUCAGUUGUCUAA